CACAUAAAAGAUUCGAACGAAAACAGAAAGGCCGACGCGCACACAUAUGCACAGAUUAACAUUUGACGAAGUAGCAACCGAAAGGAGCAAGAAACCAUGAAAACGGAACUUUUAGCAUCAACACCUGGAAAAUCAAGCACCACUACAGCCAUGGAGGACCAACGGUCGGAGAGCCGAGACAGCUGCUACUUUCCCGGGUGCCGGAAAGAUGCCAAUUGCAACUGCAAGAUUUGCUUGGCCAGCAUCAAUGCCACCCUCGAUCUCAUGCCCAUCAGCGUCCAGAAAAGUUCCCUCACCAAGCUUUCUACUUCUGGGCCCGACGACGUGGAGAGCACUCCGAUCUCGUUCAUUUCUUCGAAUAUGUCAACGCCAAGGUCGAGUGCAAAUCGUGCUCCGGCCCCUCCGGUUCUCAAAUCGAAUGCAAGAUUGGAUUUGAAAGAGAAGAUGGGGAGGAGAGAAAGAGAGCGGGGUUUGAGUGGCCGUUUUAUGAGAUUGGUAUUGGGUUUGAACUUGAUUUUCAUCGCGGAGUUCGGGCUUUCUCGUGGGAUUUCUGGGGUUCUGCGACCCGUGUUGUCACCCGGUAUAGUUAAGAACGUUGGUGAGAAAUCUUGGGUUGCCCAAGAUUUGAAGGGGAAGCUGAGGUUUGUGCAGAGAGAGUUGCAGAGUCUUGUUGAUGCGGAGGUGUCAAAUUGCAGCAAUACUAAUUCUGUUUGGAAAAUUGACCAGGAUGGUUUGCUCUUGAAUUCACGUUGUACAUUGUACAAGUCAGCAGUGGAGGAGGUGAGGAUAUGGGGAUGGCCUUUGCAGACUGCUGGAUUACUCAUGACUGAAUUUUCUUCCCGAUCAUUCACCAUUUUAUCCGGCAGAGUCACCGAGUGGACCGAUGGGAAGGUUGGGUAUUUGAUUCGGAAGGCAAACACUUCAUGGGUGCACCGGAAUUGGGGCGCCUCAGUUGUGCAAUUAAAUCCUGAUACCUGGGUUCUUGAGUACCGGCGGAGCUCAAUAUUGGAUGACCCCAGAUUAUUUUUAGCAGCGGUUGAGUUCUUGAAGUAUCGGAUUUCGAAAAUGGUUAGAAGUGUGAAGCAAGAGUUUUGGUUCUUCAGUCAUGCUUUAAGAAGCAACCAUUUCUCUCAGUUUACAUCAAAAUAUGACACGAAGAUCCCAACUUGAAGAAAGGCAAUGGGCAUUUCUCAGCAGUGUCAAGUUCUCAUUUCUUGUGAGAAGCUUUUCAUUUUCAUUUUAUCUAUUUUGAAUUUUUUGUACUGUGAUAUCGGCCUUUUGCAUUGUAUGUUGCCCUACCCGUUCACUAAUGCAACUACCUAAGGUGUUCAUUGUU